AUGCCAUUAAAAAACAUCCUAAAGCUACCAUCAACAACAGCAUUACUUAAGCAGUGGAAUACCAAAACUAAUCCAUCAAUAAGAAAUUUACUUCCUGAAAACAUAGAACGCAAAUUAUACUCAUUAUGCAUAUAUGAUUCGGAUCCAAACAAGGCAAUACAAUUGCUGCGAGCCACAUGUGCUCAGCAUGACGGUUUUGAACCAUCUAUUGGUGCAUUAAGAUUUUUAGUAAAUUAUUGCAUUUAUAGUGCACACCCUCAAGGAAUAAAAUAUUUAUAUACAAGGUAUUGUAUAAACAAAAGUUAUCCAUUAAUAGAUAAGAAAGAGAUAUAUUGUAAAAUUAGUGAUCUAAUGGUUAAGAGUAAAGAUUACAAGUUUUUAAAAUCAUUAUUAAUUAAAUAUGAAGAACAAUUUCCUUAUGAUCACAACAAUAGUAAAGACAGAUAUGCGUUUAUUAUGAAUAAAAAUUAUGUAGAAUGCUCUGCUUUUUUAAAAAAUGAACACACUUCAUUUAGAGAAAAAUGGAAGAUUUUCUUGUUAAGGAUUGACAAUGUUUUUUAUGACAGUGGAUUUAAAUUAAGUUGUUUUGAUUUUCCGUACUUAACUAAAAGUGUGGGUAAUUUGCCAGUGGAAAUAAUGUUAAGUUUUAUAUAUAAAAAUAGGAAUAUUGAUGUGAAAAACCCAUCAAGUUGUACUUUUUUGUUAAGUAUGAUUAUGUUACAACCAAGUAUUGGAUUAAGCAGGAAGCUGGAGAUAUUCAAUAAGUUUCUAAGUGAUUUUGAAGUUAAUUGUGAUGAUGAUAAAAAUAGUAUUAGAAAUAGAUUAGAUUUUAGUGAUUGUAUUAAAGUGUUGCAACAUUUGAGUAGGAAUAAUUUAGAUGAUGGAAAUAAAUUGAAUAACGUUUUGAGAAGAUUUAAAUUAAAUGGAUAG